AUGCCCCUCAUAAACGAAUCCCACGACUCCCUCCCGUAUAUCGAUGCGACGCCGUCCGCCCAGGCGCGGGCGAAUGCGGAGAGGUUAAUCGCGUCAGAACUUCCAUCUGGUCACCAAACUUCGAUCCAUCCUUCAAUCCCCGAAUUCUCGGAGCCCAAAUUCUCGCCCUUCGUACAGCAGGAACUCGAGCGCAAGGCAGCUGGUCUACCUUUGACUGGAGGCAUCGAUCUAUCGCGCUAUGAGGCACCAGAGCCACCGACUCGCAGCCCGGAUGCAACACCCAAUCUUGAUGAAUGGCGUCAGACCUUGCGGAAAGCCUACACAGCUAGCUCUCAUUUGUCUUCACGGCAUGAGAACCUUUCGCUCCUUGAAGAAGGCGGCAAAAAUGCGUGGUUGAUCGGAAAUUCGCAGCUGGAAGACAUACUUAGAGGGCUUGAGAAGGAGCUGGCCGAGACUAAGGAGGCGGCAGAGAAUGUCAACAAGCAGCGUAAGAUCGCGCAAGAGGCGAGCCAAGGAGAGUUGACUGGGCUGGAGGAGUCAUGGCGACGUGGUGUCGGUGCUAUUCUUGAUGUGGAACUUGCCGCCGAGGACUUGCGAAUGAAGAUUCUGGAGCAGAGACGGCAAUACGCUCAGCAGCAGGCCCGGUAA